AUGAAUUUUCUAUCGCAAAUCGCUGAUAAAUUCGUAGGAAAAGCUCCAACAUUGUUAAAUGAUUUUUUACAAAAUGCCAUUGUCUCACGUAACAAACGACAUGUUGAAUAUGCUGAAAAGGCAUUGCCAAUAAUCUCCGAUGCUCAUGAUAUUUUAUUAAAAAUCACCGCAACAACAGUUUGUGAUCCUAAUUUCCAUUUGUAUAGUAAUGAAAUGCUUGAUAUGCAUGAUGGUGAUAUUCGUGGUUAUGAAUUUUUGGAAAUUAUCGAACAAACUCGUGAUCAAGAUUUAGAACCAAUUGGUUUAGUUGAAGCACGUUGGCGUCAAACACUCGAAAGAAUCGAUUUAUCAAAGAACAAAUUAGAGACCGAUGUGGGUGAUAUUUUAACAGAAAUGAUCACAUGUACACGAAAGGCUAGAAUUAUUUUAAUUAUCGGUGUUUAUAAUAAUCUUGUUAAUGAUGGAAAAACAUUUAACAGUUGUUGUUGGACAAUUUUGUACACAAAAACAUUGGCAAACAUGUUUAUACGAAAUUCGUUCAGGAGAAUUUGA